AUGGCUUCCUCCUACAGCUUCUCGUCGUCCCUCAAUCGAUCAAGCAAGAAAUCCACAGUGAACGAUCCAAAAACUUGUGAUUGUGGGUUCCCUGCACAUAUUCUAACAUCAACAACACCAAAGAAUCAAGGGAGGCAUUUCUCGUCGUCCCUUAAUGCUUGUUUGAUGAUUCCUUCAAAAUAUUGCCUCUUUCCACUUCUACCAACUAAGGACCUUCUUCUUGGCACGGGAACUGCAGGUGGUGGUGGAGGAGGUAGUUGGGCUACAGGUGGUGGUGGUGGUGGAGGUGGUUGGACUGCAAGUGGUGGUAGAGGGGGCGGUUGGGCUGCAGGUGGUAGUGGUGGAGGUGGUUGGACUGCAGGUGGUGGUGUAGGAGAUGGUUGGGCUGCAGGUGGUGGUGGAGGAUGUGGUGGUACUUCAUUGCCCCUAGAUAAACUUGGGCCUGCUCCACUGGCCCUAGAUGAACUUGGUACUACAAACAAAAAUUAA